UUACUUCGCUCGGUUGUGCCUCCUUUUCACCUUGCAUUGCCUUGCAUAAUUGCAUAUGAAUUAUAACAGUAAUGCGGUCAUGUUGUGCCCAUGAGGACAUUGUUUUCACAUUGCGUUAUUAGUGUUGAAUCGUAUUGUCGAUUAUUAGAUCUACGUAUGGGAUUUACGAUCAACGUGUUCACAACGCGAUAAAAUGGCACCUACCAUACAAACUAAUAGCAACCAAGCUGACAGAGAUAAACGUGCGGCUAGACCAGCGGAAAAACGAUCUGAGCUCAUAUGCAGAGUUAAAUAUUGUAACACAUUGCCGGACAUUCCAUUUGAUCCAAAAUUCAUAACGUAUCCCUUCGAACCGACCAGGUUUAUUCAGUACAAUCCAACCUCCUUAGAGCGCAACUAUAAAUAUGAAGUGUUGACGGAACAUGAUUUAGGUGUAGAGAUUGAUCUGAUAAAUAAGGACACGUAUGCGGGGGAUCCAAAUGCCCAGUUGGAUCCAGCCGAUGAAAAGUUACUAGAGGAAGAUGUUCUUACCCCGCAAGAUUCAAAACGUUCCCGGCAUCACGCCAGGAGCGUCUCAUGGUUGAGACGUACAGAAUACAUUUCCACAGAGAGUACCAGAUUCCAGCCACAAACGGCGGACAAGGUUGAAGCCAAAGUUGGUUACAGUAUCAAGAAGAACUUCAAGGAGGAAACACUGUAUAUGGACCGUGAAAGUCAAAUAAAAGCUAUAGAAAAGACCUUUGAAGACAACAAGAAGGCAAUUGAAAGACAUUAUAGUAAACCGAAUGUAGUGCCUGUAGAAAUAUUGCCGGUAUAUCCAGACUUUAAGUUAUGGAAAUAUCCGUGUGCACAAGUCAUAUUUGAUUCUGAUCCUGCGCCAACUGGUCGAUCUAUACCCGCACAGAUCGAAGAAAUGUCACAAGCCAUGAUACGAGGUGUGAUGGAUGAGAGUGGUGAACAGUUUGUUGCUUACUUUUUGCCGUUGGAAGAAACGUUGGAGAAGCGCCGUCGGGACUUCACAGCUGGUAUAGAUUAUGCCGAUGAGGAGGAAUAUGAAUACAAAAUGGCAAGAGAGUACAAUUGGAACGUUAAAAGCAAAGCUUCCAAAGGAUACGAGGAGAAUUAUUUCCUUGUGAUAAGACAAGACGGGGUUUACUACAAUGAACUAGAAACGCGCGUGCGACUGAGCAAACGGCGCCAGAAGGUCGGACAGCAACCAAAUAACACACGCCUGAUAGUACGUCAUCGACCAUUGAACGCCAACGAAUUCAGAAUGCAGAGAUAUCGAGAAAAACAAUUGGAGCCGCCAGGAGAGGAGGACGAGGAUGAAGAAGAGGAAGAAGAGGAGGAGCAGGAAACUCAACAAGACGAGAAGGCAAACGAGAAAGAUAUGCCGGUUAAAGGUUCCGAAGCAGAAAACGGAGAAGAAUCACGUGCGUCGUCGAGGGCAUCCUCACGAGCGUCUAGCAGAAAAUCGCGAUCCCGUUCACGAUCUCAUUCCGAAUCGAGAUCGAAAUCGAAAUCAAGAUCAAGAUCCAAAUCAAAAUCAAGAUCAAGGUCGAGGUCGAAAUCGCAUUCGCGGUCGCCUUCACAUUCACGUUCACGUUCACGUUCACGUUCACGUUCACGUUCACCCUCCAAAUCUAGAUCGCCGUCUCGAUCGCGCUCGCGUUCUCAGUCGCGUUCGCCGUCUAAAUCGCACAGUAAAUCACGAUCUCGAUCUGGAAGUCCUCGAUCGAGGAACACGUCGAGAUCUAGAUCCAAGUCGAGAUCGCGCUCGGGGACACCUGCGAAGUCACCGUCAAGAUCUCGGUCGAGCUCGCGGUCCAAGUCCAGGUCGCGAUCAAGAUCGAGAUCCGCAACUGGUAGCGAUAGCGGUUCCGCUAGCGCGAGCGGCGAAAGCGGCUCCGAGAGCGAGUGAGUCGAGAAGCAUGAUCGAGAGUAACGAGUUUAUUUCUAAUGUCGUCAUUUUCACCUUGAUAAUGUUAUUUUGAACAAAUGUCUGUUUAUUUGAAAUAAUUGCAUGCUGAGCGAAUAAAAAAUAAGUCUUUGAUGGUAAUUAUAUGAUCCGUAAUCAUUACAGGGUGUACGAGUGCUUAGUGAUACAAUAAAAAAUAAAUUUAUAAGUAAA